UGUUUUUUUUUUUUCAAUUUUAUUACAAGUGAAUAUAUAUUUGUUUAAAUAUAUAUAUAUCUAAGCACAGAGAAGUGUGUAUAAUCCAAGUGUCUAAAGGAGGGAGGAACAAAAAUACUCAGAGUGGGAGGUGCGUAUGAGUGAGGCGAGACUGAGUGUCACGGACUAGCUUACUCGAGUUUGUUUUUGGGUGAACUCUCACUCACAGGGUGAUCGCUUCUACGCUUGCAACUUGUGCUAUCAGUGCAACAAUAAAUUUGUGUGUUUAUUAAUUGUUAAAUUUAUUUAUUUAUUUUCUUUUUUUAUUAAAUCUUUCAAUAAAUUGUUUUGUUAAUUAUUCAAAAGAAAAAAAAUAAAAUAAAUGAAUAUUCUUUAUCAACAAUCGUAAUAAUUAAAUCACAUAAAUAUAAUGUGUAAAAAUAAAAAACUGUGAAUAUAUAGUGUCACUGGAUUAAUAUAAAUAGCAGAAAAAAAAUUGAAUUAAAUUAAUUAAUUAAUUAAAAGUGUGACUUGAAAUUAUAGCAAUUUAAUUAUUUUAUUUUAGUUUUUUCAAGUGAAAAUAAAAGAAAAUAUAAAUAAAUUUAUUAUUAAUAAUAGUGUGAAUGGGUGUUUGUUGGAUAAAAAAAAUUAACGUGAUAUAUAAGGAUUUAUUUUAAGGAUUUUGUGACCCGAUAUUAUCGGGGUUAAAUUGAAUAAAAGUGGCUCAUACGGGUGAAAAAGAUAGGACAGCCGAAUUGCAGGCGGAAGUUCGAAGUGCUAUUAGGGUAUUAAACGGUUGGUGUCCAAGAGGACCACAACAAACAACAAUUGGUCAUAAUACGCGUGGUGAAACUGUUCUAAUGGCACCACAAACACAAUCAAGAAGUGCAAUACAAAAUAAUAGACCUGGUGGAUCAUUAACGGCACCACCAUUGGCAACUCCACCACCACCACCGCCUCCACCGCCACCACCUCCACCACCACCAUCAUCAUCGUCAUCAUCAUCGUCAUCUUCAUCAUCGACACUUUUACCAUCGGCAACUAGUGUUGUUGUUAGCUCAACAUCAAGCAUGAGACCACCACCACCUCCACCACCCCCAAGGGCAAGGCCCACUGUUGAGGGUAAAGGUCAUCAUGAGGAACCAACAAGUUCCAUUCCUGAUCUUGAAUUUGAUGGUACAACUGUUUUAUGCCGAGUAUGUGGUGACAAAGCAUCAGGCUUUCAUUAUGGUGUACAUUCCUGUGAAGGAUGCAAGGGUUUUUUCCGGAGAAGUAUCCAGCAGAAGAUUCAAUAUCGUCCGUGUACUAAAAAUCAACAGUGCAGUAUAUUACGGAUCAACAGAAAUCGUUGUCAAUACUGUCGAUUGAAGAAGUGCAUUGCUGUUGGAAUGAGCCGAGAUGCGGUUAGAUUCGGCCGUGUGCCAAAACGUGAAAAAGCAAGAAUUCUUGCUGCAAUGCAACAAAGUUCACACAGUCGUUCACAAGAAAAAGCAGUUGCUGCUGAAUUAGAAGAUGAACAACGUUUACUAGCAACAGUAGUUCGUGCUCACCUUGAUACUUGUGAUUUUACCAGGGACAAAGUUGCUCCAGUACUUGUAAGAGCAAGAGAAACACCAAACUACACCGCAUGUCCACCAACCUUGGCGUGUCCAUUAAAUCCUAAUCCACAACCUUUGACUGGUCAGCAAGAAUUAUUACAAGAUUUUUCAAAAAGAUUUUCACCAGCAAUUCGUGGUGUUGUUGAAUUUGCCAAACGGAUACCCGGCUUCAACCUGCUGGCACAGGAUGAUCAGGUUACAUUAUUAAAAGCUGGUGUAUUUGAAGUACUACUUGUACGAUUAGCUUGCAUGUUUGAUACACAAACAAAUAGUAUGAUAUGUUUAAAUGGACAAGUGCUCAAAAGGGAUUCAAUACACAAUAGUAAUGCUAGAUUUCUCAUGGAUUCAAUGUUUGAUUUUGCUGAAAGAGUUAAUUCAUUGAGAUUAUCAGAUGCUGAACUUGGUUUAUUUUGUUCAGUUGUUGUUAUUGCUGCUGAUAGACCUGGUUUACGUAAUACAGAUCUUGUUGAACGUAUGAAUAAUAAACUUCGUAAUGCCCUCCAAACAGUGUUAGCUCAAAAUCAUCCGCAGCAUCCAGAUAUACUGCAUGAAUUGCUCAAAAAAAUACCUGAUCUCAGAACAUUAAAUACAUUACACUCAGAGAAGCUAUUGGCAUUUAAAAUGACCGAACAACAACAACAGCUUCAAGCUCAACAAGCACAACAGCAUGCGUCAGCUGCUGCUGCUGCUGCAACACAUCAUCAGCAACAACAACAACACCAUCAUCAACAACAACAACAACAGCAACAACAACAUAAUCAACAACAACAACAACAACAUAAUCAGCAACAACAUAUUCAUCAACAACAACAUCAUCAUCAACAGCAACAACAACAUACUCAACAUUGGCCAAUGGAAGAAGAUCCAACAGCAGCAUGGUGUUCCGCAUCAGAUGUAAUUCUUGAUGAAGCUGUCAAAAGUCCACUUGGUAGUGUAUCAAGUACAGAAAGUACGUGUUCUGGUGAAGUUGCAUCAUUAACUGAAUAUCAUCAUGCAACACCAACAAGUCAUCAUGCCUCAAGUGCACCACUAUUAGCAGCAACACUUGCUGGUGGUUUAUGUCCGCACAGAAGACGUGCUAAUUCUGGUUCAACAAGUUCUGGUGAAGAUGAAUUACAUCGUGCAAGUUUAUCUAAAACACCACAACCACCACAAUGUCCACGUUUUCGUAAAUUAGAUUCACCAAGUGAUAGUGGAAUUGAAUCGGGUACUGAAAAACCUGAUAAACCAGCAAGUAGUAGUGCAAGUAGUGCACCAACAUCAGUUUGCUCGAGUCCAAGAUCUGAAGAUAAGGAAGUCGAGGAUAUGCCUGUAUUAAAAAGAGUACUACAAGCACCACCACUAUAUGAUACAAAUUCAUUAAUGGAUGAGGCCUAUAAACCGCACAAAAAAUUCCGAGCACUUAGACAUAAAGAUAGUGCUGAAGCUGAACCAGUUAUUGUACAACAUCAACAACAAAAUCAGCCACAACAACAGCAACAACAACAGCAACAAAAUCAUAUUCAUCAUCAUCAGCAACAACAACAACAACAACAGCAACAACACCAUCAGCAACAACAACAUCAUCAACAGCAACAUCAACAACAGCAACAGCAACAACAACAACAACAACAGUCACAAUUACAUUUACACUUAACAUCACCACCUUCAAGAAGUCCUACAUCUAUUCAAGCACAAUCUUGUCCACAAACCGCAAGUUUAUUAAGUAGUACGCACUCAACCUUAGCUAAAAGUCUGAUGGAAGGUCCAAGAAUGACUGCUGAACAAUUAAAACGUACUGAUAUUAUUCAUAAUUAUAUUAUGCGAGGUGAAACAGCAAGUCCAAGAUCACCAAUUUCAUCACCAUCACCUGCUGAACAAUGUGCGUCAACGACGACAUUGAGUGCUCGCUCACCUCAGGGUCUUUUACAAUGUGCGACAUCCGGUUAUUCAAGAUGGCCAGCAACCUCAGUCAUUACAACAACAACUGGCGCAAGACAUCAUCAACAGCAACAGCAACAACAACAGCAACAACAGUCAUCUUCCAAUUAUAAUGCUGUUGGUAAUUCACCUGCUUCAUCACCAAGAUAUUUAUCAGCAGCAGCAACGAGUACAAGUUGUACGAGUCCAAGGCCAACAUCAAGUAGUACAACGACUCUUGUUUUAUCAAAUUGUCCAAAUAAUAUGAUGGAAUUACAAGUUGACAUUGCUGACAGUCAACAACCCCUUAAUUUAUCUAAAAAAUCACCGUCCCCAUCACCAAGGCCUCUUGUUGGAUCAUGUAAGGCAUUGUCUCUUGAAGCGUAGUGUUAAAACGCCGUGUGAAUUAAGUUAUAUAUAUACUCAACUUUGUGUGAGAAUAAUUAAUUAAGCCCACCUUAAACAUUCUAUUCCAACUCGGAAUGGAAUCAUAUAUGUAUAUUUAAACUGUUCCGUGGAGAUUCCGCUUCCGUUUGGGACGAUUAUUUAAAAAUGAAAAAUUUUAAAUAUUAAAAAAUAAAAAAAAAAAAGUGCCAGGACGCUCUGAGCGCGUGACAAACCAAAUAAUUUAUUAUUUAAAAGAAUGAAAAAAAAAAAAAAAAAGUAAAUAAUAAAAUAAAUACAUAUGCAAGUUAAUGAUAAUGAAUCGCGUUUUAGAGGGUAACGAAAGUUGGGGAAAUUGUUUUGUUGAGAAAUAUAUUUUUUUUCUUUUUGCGAUGUUUAUGAUAAAUCGUAGUAUCGGUGAGACUUGUUUCUCUUCUACUUUUUCCCCGCUGGCCCUCUUUGUCUAUUUAUAAAUAAAUAGAGCUGUAAAAAAAAAAAAAAAAAACUAAAUAUUUUAAACAAAAGGGAAUAUUGCAAGUAAAAAAAUAAUUAAAAAAAAAAAAAAAAAAAAGAUAUGUGUUUUUAUGUAACACACAACGUGCGUCUACCGAGGUAAAUCGGAGCUAUCUUCUUCUGACUGGGAACAAUCCACUUUUAUCUAAAAAAAAGUGGCCCAUUAUUCUAUGCAAUUAUGUAUUGAAUAUUACCUUAAAAAUUUUAAAAAAUUUUAAAUAUCAUUAUUACCUAUCUAACUGUCAGUGUUAUAGGUAAAGAAUUAAAAAAAAAAAAUUUAAAAAAAACAAAAAAAAAUAAAUGAUAUAGUGGAUAGCGUACGAAAAAGAAAAAAAAAAUUAAAAACCCUUAAAAAAUGUUUAAAUGUUGCAAAAAUAAUUAAUCUAUUACAUGUGAUAAUCAUGGAUAUCGCGCAUCCUGUACAGUCUCCACCUCAUUCAUCAAUCAUUUACUCUACAAUUAUUAUUAAUAUUAUCAUCAUUAUUAUUAUUAUUAUCAUCAUUAUUAUUAUUAUUGAAUAUAUAAAAGAAAAAAAAAAUUGAAAAAAAAAAAAAUUAUUAAUUAAUAUUAUUGUAUUAAAUUUAAGGGUAAAAAAUAAAAAAAAAUUAUAAUCGUAAACGUUAUCAUCUCGUGUGUCUGUAUAUUCCGUAGAGCCUCGCACGCAAAUUGCGUUGAAAAUAAAAGAAAAAAAAAAUAUGAAAUAUAAAAUAUAAGAAUGUUGUAUGCUAAUGUUUAAUUUGUGUAUAUGUGUGAAUGAUAAUAAAAUGAGUCGGGGCAAUUAAAUUUGUGGCACAUUGAAUGUCAACGUGUAAGUUAAAGAACAAGAAAGCCACAAAAUUAAUAUUUAAAAAAAAAAUCAUCAGAGAAAAAAUUAUAAAAAUAAAAAUUAUAAUGAAAAAACAAAAAUUAUAUUAUUAAAAAUAUUACAAGUAAACAAAUAAAAAUAUCUGAAAAUAAAAAAAAAAAAAAACAAAAACAAAUAUUGUAAUUUUUUUUAAACAUUUUAUUUGUUAUUAAUUUAUUUUAUUUUAUUUAGAUUUUUUUUUUUUUUUUUAAUGAGACUGAUUGGUCUUUUGUGGCCUCCAGUUUGCAAUUAUUAUUGUACCUUUAUACAAUGUAUCCUGACAGUUGAAUGGAGGACGAAUUUAUAAAAAGGUAAAAAAAAAUAAAACAAUUUUUCAAUGAAAACAGUUAUUCAAUCAAUUAAUCAUGAUUAAUCUCAAAUAUUAUGAAUUUUGAGUUUAAAUAUUGACAAAUUGAUUGGAAGUUAAUGAUGUUUUGUUGUUCGUGUGAAUGCAGAAAAUAAAAAAAUAAAUAACCGAG